AGUGGGUGUUGCCUUGUAGACAGUGUUAAACGGUCUUCGCUGUCUGUUUGAGCUUUGACUUUUGCUAUACAAUGUCAACGUGGUCUUUCAAGAGCUGAGGUGUCACAAAUUUGCUCGUUAUAUACAGGCAGUAUAGAGGUAUAGCAAAUAUAACGAUUGUCUAUUUCUUGCUUUCGCUAUAAUUGCGUCGAUUAAGCUCUCGUGUUUCGUAUCGUUGCAUUAAUGUGGUGAUGCAUUGAUCGGUACGAAAGCCUAGCUGAUACGUGAAGUUCCGCAGAAGUUUCAGACUUGCUCAGGGUGACUGCAAUAUCAAUAACUGUCAAAUUUCAAGCUACCUUGGGGAAGAGAGCGACACUGCAACGCUGACGGUGGAGAACGAACUAUAAACAGUGCAUUGCUGCUAUAUAAAAUUAUAUGAUAUUAAACUAAGAGAUACGUACAGUAGUUUAGUACCUCACCAGUAAUACUACAGAUUUGACUAACUGGUUACGAAAGCCGUACACAUUUGAACUUGCGAGUAUAAUACCAUAAAUAGCCGGUGUAUGUAAUUACUACAGACUCAAACUAACUAAAACCAGAAUUACCGUGUAUCAUCAGUCGUUCCACAGAUUAAAACCUGCUUAGAAAGAACUACAGUACCUCGCACAGCGCAAGGCAUUCCAUAGAUUGAAACUGGCGGUGAAAAGAGAAGUACAUUUCAGCACCGACAACAAUAUGUCGACCGUCCCUAACAGCCCUCGAAGUCGUGUGGUGGGACGCGAUCUAACUUGCUACCUAUGUCACCAGCACUACAAAAACCCCAAACUCCUGCCCUGUCUGCAUACGUUUUGCCAAGAAUGCCUGGAGAAAGCCCACGAGAAACAGAACGAGGCCUUCCUGACGUGCCCGUCCUGCCGAUCGAGGGUCAACUUGAGCGCAAACGGUGGAAUUGGAAGUUUAAAAUCGAACUUCAUGGUGAAGAAUAUGUUGGAUCUACUCGCGGUGAACCUUAAGGAGGUGAUCAAUUGCGCGAAUUGCAAGGAUCAGAAUCGCGUCACGGUGCGCUGUGCGGAAUGCGCGGAGUUUUUAUGCCAACCGUGCGCGGAUGGGCACAAGCGCGUGCGAUUCACUCGAAACCACAGUCUAAUGACGCUUACGGAAUGCGAAAAUCAAGGAAAAAUCCACAGCACAGCGUAUUGCCCGAAACAUGAAGACGGGAUCUUGAAAUUGUUUUGCGAGACUUGUCAGAUUCCCAUGUGUCGGGAUUGCACGAUCGUUGAACACCCGAUCACGGUGCACGAAUAUCGCUACGUUGAAGAAGCGUUCGAAACGUGUAAGGACGCUCUGAGCACGCUCUCGAAUGAAGUAGGCACGCAGAUACCAAAUAUCGUUGAAGCCGUUGGCCAAGUGAAUGAUAUAUCACAGCAGUUGGAAAUUAACAAGGGUUCUGUUGCAAGAGAUAUUCACAUUUAUAUUGAGCAGUAUGUAUCGGCGUUGCGACAGAGGGAGAAAGAGCUUCUCGGAGAGAUGGAUCGAAUUUAUAACAAAAAACGACAAGUAUUGUCUCUUCAGAAAGAGAAGUUGGAACAGGAUUUGAGCAAGCUGAAGAUUGCCACUGAAUUCACUAAUAAGGUAAGCUUGUCCAGAUCAUGUAUACAGUGCAGUGUUGAGCGGGCGAUGUAAUUAUAUAGGACAGUUCUGAGUCUGUCGGUUCUAAUCUUAAGCUUUAUAGUCUUUUCUUCCCAGAGGUCCAGUAAGGGUAACCCCUUAUUGAUCCAGUGUUACUGCAGGAGGAAACCUAAACUAAACUAACUUUGUUUAUGCUGAAUAACUCUAUCAGUUCUAAACUGUUCUUCCUAGAGGUCCAGUAAGGAUCAUCUCUUAUUGAUCUAGUGUUACUACAGGAGGAAACCUAAACUAAACUAACUUUAUUUAUACUGAGUAACUCUAUCAGUUCAAUAUAAAGCAGGGCAGGAAUGAAUAAUUUUUUUCGUAAUAAUAUUUUUUGAUGAAGUAACAACUAAUUCAAUUUUUUCUAGAUAUUAAUAUAUGGCAGUCCUUUGGAAGUCCUUGGUAUAAAGAAACAGCUCUCGGCCCAUCUGAAGAACCUUAAGUCUAAAAAACACCAAUGUGUCCCACUGGCUCCACAGGAGAGUGAUCAAAUAGAAUUCCAGCUAGACUCCCAAGUCGCCCAGAAGCUCAUGUGUAUCCCAGAUUUUGGCGACAUUGUUAGUGGGCCUCUGUCGUACUCUAAUGCCACGAUUGUCGAGGGCGAUGGUUUGAAGCGGGCCAUUGCGGGAAAACCAGGUAAUCAAUAUCUGCAGUAAAUGGUCGAUACAUUUGUAUCGUAAUAGCUGAAACAUACCAUUGGGUGAUUGCAGCUAUAGACUAAAUUUUGAUCAAGGCAAGAAGAACGAAAUCCAACACCACAGCUAGAAAGAGCGUCUUCGAAUGAGUAGAACUGCAAAGAUUGGUUGCUAAAUGUUGUAAAAUAAAGAAAAUAUAGCCCUGUGAAGUUCGCAAAUUUUGUAUGUAUUUGUUUUACGCGCGGUAAAAAUAACCACUUUCGGCUCAAAAAUGGUAUUUUCCCGCGCAUAAUGCAAAUAUAUACAGAAUUUGCGAAGUUCACAGGGCUAUAUUUUCCUCAUUUUACAACAAUUCGCAACCAAACUUUGCAAUUUUACUCAUUUUAACAUGCUCUUUCCAGCUAUGGUAAUCGACCAUUUGUCUCUCAAAUCUAACAUAACAUAGCAAGCGAAAUUAUUCUUCUUUUUCACCAGCCACGUUUACCAUCAAGAAGAAUCCUUUCUAUAUUGAUGAUGGUGAUGAUGAUGAUUCGGGCAGUAUUCUCAAAGUGAAAAGUAAAGACGCAGAUAGCAUUGAGGACGUUGAUAUCACUGAGGAGGAACAUGGGACGUAUAGGGUCACAUAUCUGCCACAGACGCCAGGUAAUGUUCAGGUUUAAGAUCAGGGGCCUGUUGUACGGAGUCUGGAUAGCGCUAGUGAGUUAUUCAAGCUGGGUUUUUUCUUGAUUUUGUAUAACCUGGAUUAAUUAAACUUUAGUAUUUGUAAAUUAAAGUUGCCUUUCAAUAAUUGUGAAGUUCAUGUCCGCAGUUUCAUAGUACUUUUCAAGCAUUUUUACAGGUUGAAAAGAUCGCUAUACAACCGGCCCCCGGGCCGUUUCGUUCGUAGUGUUGUCUCUAUUCACUGUUUUUUGCAAAUACAGAAGCUACAUUGAUUUCUGACCCAGUCUUUGACUUUCAAGCCUGCCCGGUGUGGAUAUACACUCCGAGUAACAUCACAAACAUUACAAAAAUUUGUUUACCAUUUCAUUCUUACAGGUACAGUGUGUCUGGCUGUGUUCCUAAAAGAUGACCAUAUCAAUGGCAGUCCUUUUGUAGUUUCUGUCCACAAAGAAAUCAAGUAUGAUGGUGGGAGCAAGAAACAUAUCUUGGGACUGGAUGCUGAUGGUCCUGGUCAAUUUACAUGUCCAUAUGGUGUGGCCAUCUCCCCCCUGACUGGAGAUAUCUGGAUCACUGACAGUGGCAAUGAGCAGGAUCAAAUACAGGUAAGUGAUGGUGAUGAUGAUGGUGUUGGUGAUAAUGGUAAUUAUGAUGGUGAUGGUGGUGGUGAUGAUAAUGAUGAUGGUGAUGAUGAUAAUGGUGGUGAUGAUGAUGAUGAUGAUGCCAUAAUGGUGAAUGAUAAUGGUGUUGUGAUUAUAAUUAUGAUUGUGGUAAUGAUGGUGGUGAUGGUGACGAUGAUGGUGAUUAUGAUUAUGAUGAUGGUGGUGGGUGGUGAUUAUGAUGAUGGUGGUGGGUGGUGAUUAUGAUGAUGGUGAUUAUGAUUAUGAUGAUCGUGAUUAUGAUGAUGGUGAUUAUGGUUAUGAUGAUGAUUAUGAUGAUGGUGGUGGUUGGUGAUUAUGAUGAUGAUGAUGGUGGUAAUGAUGAUGUUGGUGAUGGAUGUGGCCGUGGUGAUAGCGAUGUUGGUGAUGGUACGUGAUGGUAAUAGUCAUGUCUGGAGAUAGAUUUAACCAAUAUCAUCGUACUCUUUGUAACAGGUUUUUGGCAAGAAUAACCAGCUAAGGUUCAGAUUUGGUAAGGUUGGUAAUGAACAUGGUGAGUUCAAUGAUCCAGCUGAUAUUACUUUUGUUGGUGAUGACAGAGUGGCCGUAGUUGACAGAGGAAACCAUCGAGUGCAGAUUUUUAAUGUUGAAGGUACGAUAUCAUGAAAGAUCCUGGGCAAACUACGUUCUAGAUUCAUUGAAAUUUUGAUGUUUCCUUCUAUUUGUCUUUGAAACAAUGUUCUCGAAUGUGCUUAAAAAACCUGCCCAUUUACAACUUGUGCGACUGUUUUAGCUGAUAUUCAAUGUAAACAUAAUUCCAUUCAACAGGUCAUUUCUUGUCGACAUUUGGUAGCAAGGGAAACGAUAAUGGUCAGCUAUCAUUCCCGACAGGCGUGGCGGCCAGCGACCAUGCUAUUAUUGCAGUUUGCGACAAUGGCAACAAGCGCGUGCAGCUAUUCAAGGAUGAUGGUGCUCACCUCAUGACCAUAGACGACAGCAACCCUCACGGUAUAAAAUUCAGUUCUCCCUGGAAUGCAACCGUCAACCAUCAACACGAGUUGAUCAUUACAGAUAGCAUUAACCAUUCUGUGCUGGUAUUUGGUGGUGAUGGUAAGCUGGUACGGAAGUUUGGUGGUCAUGGUAACGGUGAUGGUGAGUUUAAUACGCCAACUGGUGUGACUGUUGAUGGUCAAAAUAACAUCUUGGUUGUCGACAGAGAUAACAACAGGGUACAAGUGUUCUCAUCCAGUGGUGUGUAUGUGGGGCAGAUUAAUACCCUGGGGGUUGAAGGUGCAGAGUUCUUUCACCCAGGGGGCAUUUGUGCGAGUCCUUUUGGGUCAGUGGUCGUAGCCGACUGUCUGUACAAGUGUGUCGAGGUGUUCCAAUUUUAGACCAUGUUAUUAGACCACGUAUUUCGCUGCUUGAUUCAGUGAAAUCCUUCUAUCAGUUGUUUUAGUAAGUGUUUACACGCCAGCAGACGGUGAUCAACGUGAUAAUUAUAGAAGCAAAUUAAACUAUAUCUCUGAAUUCAAGUGUCAAGUAAUAUUGUUAUAUCAUGACUGUAUCAGACUUGUUGGAACAACCUUGUAACAAGUCUGAUGAUAUCAACAAGAUUGUUACAAGUUGUUAACAGUUUGUUCCAGGACAAGCAGUGCGAAGACAACUUGUUGACGACUUGUUGGCAGACUUACUGCAAAAUGUGAGAUUUUUGCGUGUGUACUUACACCGUAAUAAAAAGAAUCAUUUUGAUAACUACCAGUUGACAACUAUCUGCUCCACAUUUAUGCUUAUUGAAUCAUUAUAACUAUAUAGUACAGUAUGUACUAGUCUGAAUAUGAUAUGGUGGUAAACAGGGAAUGUAUUCUUAGUGAAAGGUUUUUUUAUAUUAAAUAUACACAUUGUAGCGGUAUUCAGCUUUGAAAAAGGGUAUAUUACCGAAACCAGUAGAGUGUCUUUUCCGGAAGUUGAAAAGACAGUCAGAAGUCAGUAGAAACGUUCAUGUUUUAUGACGUCACGGUGAAGGAAUGCAGCGUGGAACUUUAACUUGAUUUAGUUUGCAUUUCUUCGUCUUUAUUUAGUUUGCAUUUCGGUAAUAAUUAACAUUGGAGACGCUCUGUAAUAGGGGCGGACCAUUAGAAAUCCCCCGGGGGGGGGGGAGAUACUGUCGCUCUACUGAGCUAUAGACAUGUUUAACCUAGCUAUUUUUGUUGCAUCUUCAUUCGACCAUUCCAACAGACAGUUAUAGUAUUUAAAAUAGUUUUUAAUGGAAAAUUUCAUACAUAAUUUUUCACUGCCCGCGCCGCAACCUUAACUGCUGUAGUAAAACAUAAUUUGAAGCUAUUGGUAAAUUAAAUUACCAUGCAGUGCUCCACAUGCUAAGAAUUACAGAUCAUAUAUUAAUUGACAAUAAAAUUUAAUUUCUCUCACUUCACAGAGUUGAAGUAUACAUAAUACACCAUGAUUCAAAAACUAGGAAUAAAGGAACCUAUCUCGCUUUUCAGUUCGUGAAAGUACGCAACACCAAAAGCUCGGAACAUUUUUAAUACUCCUAUUACAUCGACGGCAGUGAAUAGUCCAUCCGACAUUACCGUUACCACACUCCAAGGUAAAAACCCGUAUGCAUGUUCCAACAACCAUGUAUUUGCCUUCAAGCUUAGACAUCCUGCCGACCCAGAGGGGUACGUAAUAUAUUCACCGGGUUUGUAUUCAGCAGCUUCUAUAUCGCCUUCUUUCCAGUAUUUUAAUGAUCCUGUCUCUGAUAUAACUUGAAGUGUGCAAUUUAGCCAGUGCCGACCUGGGACACAACAGAAAAAUUCACAUGUAAACAUGUUAGUUUAUUGUAUCCUAUUCCCCCGAAUAUAAAAUAAGUG